AUGGAUGGGUUUUCGGGGUACAACCAGAUCCUAAUGGCACUUGAAGACAGAAAGAAGACUGCAUUCAGUACGCCAUGGGGUACCAAUUGCUACAGAGUUAUGCCAUUCGGGUUGAAGAAUGCCCAGGAAACAUAUCAGAGAGUUGCAACCACAAUCUUGCAUGACAUGAUCCAUAAGGAAGUCGAGAUGUAUGUGGAUGACAUGAUUGUAAAAUUCAAAGAGCGAGAAGGUCGUUACACCACAUUGGAAAAAUUCUUUGAACGGAUCAGGGAGUACAGACUCAAGUUGAACUCACAAAAAUGCACUUUUGGGGUGACAACGGGGAAAAUGCUGAGAUUUCUAAUUACGCAGAGGGGAAUUGAUGUAAAUCCAUCCAAGAUCAAGGCAAUCUUAGAAAUACCACCAAGGACUGAAAAGGAGGUGCACAGCUUUCUGAGCAAAGUGCAAUUCAUAAGACGGCUAGCUCGUUUGUUUCUUCUUCUCUCCGAGUUUGACCUCAAGCACGUCACUUACAAGUCAGUCAAAGGGAGGGUAGUAGCAGAAUUUUUGGCUGACCACCCAAUGGAAGGAGAUGAAGCAGUAGAGUACCUGUUCCCAGAUGAGGAGAUUCUGCAGGUACAAGAAGAGACGUGGACAAUGUUUGAAAAAGUAGCAUUCGCACAUCUGCUAAGAGAGAACAACCGGUUUGUUGAUGUGCUGGCAACUCUAUCCUCCAUAGUAGACAUGUCUCUCGAGGUUAAGAUGCUUUCAAUCAUCAUCGAACAGAAGUAUGCGCCUACUUACGAGAUAAUAGCCACAAUAGACGAAGUUCAAGCCAAGAACCCCUUAUAUUAUGACAUUUGGAACUUCCUAGAGAAUGAUGCGUAUGAAGUGCCAAAUGAGAUCAUAUCAGACAAUGACUCACACUUCAAGAAUGAGGUGGUAGAUUUGCUUGAGAAAUACAACAUGACUUUUCACAAGUCAUCAAUAUAUAGGCCACAGACCAAUGGAGCCAUUGAAGUUGCAAAUAAGAAUAUCAAGAACAUCCUGCGAAAGAUGGUAGAGACCUACAAGGACUGGCCAGAUAAACUACCUUUUGCACUCUGGGGUUAUAGAACGUCAAUUCGAACAUCCACAGGGGCAACCCCCUAUUCUUUGGUAUAUGGGAUGAAAGCUGUUUUGCCAAUCAAAAUUGAAGUACCGUCACUGAGGAUCAUGGCCGAGUGUCAAAUAACAGAGGCAGAUUGGCAGCAAAACGGAUUCAAAGAAUUGAUGUUGUUUGAUAAAAGAAGGUUGAAGAACGACCAGUUGCAAGAUAGAGCAGUGAUGGUUAAUGCAAUUGUGGGUAGUUAUGAUCUUUUUGAUUUAAGGGAUGGGCAAGUAGGAAAUGUGCAAGUAAACAUAAGCAGAGGGCGUGUUAACGAUAACCUUGCCAGAGAAGAUCACCGUUGUUUCCAAUGCCGAAAAAUCGAUGAAUCAAGCCAGUUGUAG